GCGGAAACAGCGAGUUUGCGUUGAUGUCGCAUCGGAAGAUUUUCCACUAGAUCAGCGUUUGCACCUGGUGUCUUCACGCACAAUUAAUUUAUUCUGCAGGUGGAAAGAAGACAUACUGUCAGCCACUUGAGUUUGACGAUUUAAGGAGAAUUAUCGUGCAUCUUGGUCUGAAUUUAUGGAGGGAAGUCUUUAUGAGUGAUCUAGCCGUGAUCUGGCGUUGGGGAAAGCAUGGCUGCCAGGGAUGUUCUUGAAUCAGGAGAUGCUGAUGCGGCAGUCUCCGAUAGAGCUGCCUCGAAUGGGGUAGGCAGCGGACCUUGUGCAGACAUGGCCUCCGUUGUAGUUAGUGAGCAAGAACAGGCAGCCUGCAGAGUAGAGGCCAUCAGCCCAGACGAGAACAAUGGCGAUCCAGCGGCAGACGUACAAGCAAAACUGUCCAAAAAUCAGCAGAAGAAGCUGAAAAAGCAGGCAGCGUUCGAAGCUAAGAAGGCUGCCAAGAAGCUGGAGGAGAAGGCUGCAAAGAGGGUGCAUCAGGAGAAGAAGCUGGCUGAGGUGCAUAAGAUGAUUGCUGGCAUGACUGAUGAGGAAAGGCAGGCUUGGGAAGAGCAAAUGUCUCAGAAACGGCAGGCAAGAAAGCAAAGUGCUCUGGAGAGGAAGACCCGGCUGCAGCAGGCGCAGAGCGAGGGCCAGCGCAUCUUGAUAGACCUGGACUUUGCAGACAAGAUGACGCCUACAGAGGUCAAGAGCCUGUGCCAGCAGCUGCUGCACUGCUACGGUGCCAACACACGAGCACGAAUCCCUGCCCAGCUCAUCUUCACCAGCCUUCAGGGAAUCAUGUCAGAGCAGCUGCAUAAGCAAGCCUCCGGUUUAGACAAUUGGGUGGUCACCCUCCAUGCUGAGCCAUACAUGACAGCUUUCCAGGACAAUCUGUCAGAUCUCGUCUAUCUCACAGCAGAUUCGCCGAAUGAGCUCACAUCCCUGGACCCCAGCAAAGCCUACAUCAUUGGGGGCAUAGUUGACCGGAACCGCCACAAAAAUGUCUGCUACAACAAGGCUGUGAGCCAGGGCAUAGCCACAGCUCGACUGCCUAUUGAUGAGUACAUGCAGAUGAGCAGCUCGCCUGUGAUUACUGUCAACCAGGUCUUCACAAUCCUUGUCAACUAUCUGGAUCACAAGGAUUGGGGUACUGCCUUUGAAACGACCAUACCGCAGCGGAAGAAGUUAGAGGGCCCCAGCAUUGGCAAAAGAAAGCACAAAAUUGAGGAUGAGUGCGCGCAAGAUGACAACGAGCAGGAUGCAGCACACAUUGACAAGAAGAGCAAGCUGGAGAGCAGCAUUGAGGCAUGAUGUGAUUCCUCUUGUCUUGAGUGUGAUAUGUAAUCAGGCGUAGUGCUCC